GAACUGUCUAAUAAAUAAAGUAAGUACACGCAACUACUCGUACACUGGUCGUAGAAGAGUGCUCUUGUAAAAAGUAUUGAUUGUUCGAAGAUUCCACCUAGCAAUCUUCUAUGAAACAAAAAUGCCCGUUCUUCGUCAGCUCUCUCCUCCUAGGAGGCUAAGUGGGGAUGGAAAUCCCUUCCUCAACAACAGCAAGGACAUGGUAGGCAUGGGCAAGAAGAUAGAGGAGCAGAAGUUCUCGCAGACUGGCACUGUGGAGGAUAACGAGCUCGAACAAAAAAAUAUGGUGAAAAAAGCACACUCACUCUCAAGCUCUUCAACAGCAUAACUUAGUAGCCCUCUUCUGCCGAUUUUCUAUCUACUUGAACAGUUUUGUUUUUCUGCGGACCACGAUGGAUUGCUAUUCUGAAUGUGAGACUGUUGAGUGUAUUUUUGCUUCAUUAUGGAGCAGGUGGAAAUAAAAACUGUAAGUGGUCGUGGUGGUGCGACGUUCGCGUCGUCCGAGGAGACAGAUUCGAGGAGUCGUGUCUUUUUGGAAGCAAAAAAGGUCGGUCGCCGUGUUGGAAUCACGCCAGUGCACGACUUUAAUAACAUCACUCGCUACGAAUUGGAAUCGCCAAUAAAUUAUGCUUAAGGACGUUAUAGACUCUAUAGAUGUAUUGCGCAUAUGGUCGUGAUACUAUAGAGCAGUUUUUUCCUUGCGUGAUCUUCUAUUUCGGAGCAUGUGCAUGCAUGACCAAACAUCUUACUACUUGAAUAGUCAAGUAGAAAAUUAAACUUAAGCUUAUCAACUCGAUGUUGUUGAUGAAGUUGAUGCUCGUAAGAAGAAGACGAAGAAGAAGAAGAAGAGCAGUUAUAGGACUCCGACACUUAGCAGAUCCAGACUUAGUUCGAUGGAAAGACGAAGUGAAAACUGUCUCUCUCUCAAUAUCGACGCCUCAUCAGUGAACGAAGUGCAAGGAGUAGAAUUUUCCUCAGCUGGGACGAUUUUUGUGCCAGAUGCAUCCUCAUCCGAGCGGCCACGUCCGUCGUGGGAAGAUGGUAGAAGAGGAGACACGGCUAAGGCAAUUACCAAGUAGAGAGCAUGGGCGUCCCCCCUAGAGUAUGACCCUUGAAAAAAUGUCCUCUUUUUCAGGUAGGAAAAGAAAUGUCCAAGGAUAUCAUGACUCUAGACUGAAGGAAGAUGCGAGCGCGGUAGUUCUUCUAAAGACAACAUUCUUGAGGGCGCGCGGUUGUUCCAUGAAGGAGCGGAUCAUGACCAGACUACAACUAGAUCCACACCGUUCAGGAGUAGGAGUCCGAAGAAAAGCGGAU